AUGCCUCCGCCAGGCGACAUAGCGCAGAAAGCACGCCGAAGAGCAGCGGACAGCUCCCUGAAGCAGUGCCAUUGCGCGACCGCUCCACGCAGAGAAGACGCACAUCUUGGGCUGCGAGCCUCCCGGAUCAUCAGUAUUGCGCUCGAAUUACAGGCUCUCCAGACUCCGGCCCCAGACUUCUCCUCCCCACUCAUAGCCUCACUCAGAAUGGAUUCGGCAUGGCCUAUGACACCCGUUGCGCUUCCGGACGGGCCUCACUCCUACCCUCUCAGACGUUCGAACGCCCUCGAAACUCGAGCUCGUUGA